UGUACUAAUGAUCUUACAAUACUACCAUUUUCAUUGCCGCUUCAGGGAAUGUUCCCCCGUAACUAGUAGGUAAUUUUAACAUCCCGGGUAUGGUUCUAUUACCAUUUCUGACAACGUCGCCUAAAGUAGGAAUGUUUCAAAUAAAGGCAGAUCACGAUUAGAUCCUCCUGUAUAAUGCGGUAGAGUUAGGGACCCUCAGGUAGGACUCGGGAUGACCAGUAGACCAUGCACUGUCCGUAGACGUGGUCAGUUAUCAUGUGGUAGAUGUGGGUUUGUUACUGUUAAAACUGUACAAGUGAUUGGGCCAUGGACUUCGACGCGAUCUUAGAAGAUGUGGGCACGUUCGGGCGGUACCAGAAACUAGUGACAUACCUGGUGCUGCUGCCGGCGAUGAUCCCGUGCGGGUUCCAUGCGUACGCGCAGCUGUUCAUGGCCGCGGACGUCCCACAUUGGUGCUGGCUGCCCGAGCUGGAGCAUGCCGAUGUCCAGCGAGCAAAGAAUCUAAGCAUCCCCAUGGAGCUGAAGGACGGAGAGCUCACGUACUCCGCGUGCAGCAUGUACCAGCUCAACUUCAGCGAUCUGAGCGGCCGCCGGGAAGACGCCGAAGUAGUCCCGUGCAGCCACGGGUGGCAGUAUGAUCACAGUGUUUAUACCAACACUAUAGUUACUGAGUGGAGCCUGGUCUGCGACAGGAAUUUCUACCCGACGCUGGGGCUGAUGCUGCUCGGCGUGGGGGGCAUCAUCGGAAACUACAUCUUCGGUUACCUCCAGGAUAGUAUAGGGAGAAAGCCGUCAUUUUUCAUCUACCUGCUCAUCGAAUGCAUCUUCGGUGUGGCGACAGCUUUCGCACCAAACUACAUCGUGUGGCUCAUCUGCAGAUUCGGGGUGGGCUUCACCGUUCCCGCCAUCAUGGCCACUCCCUACGUUCUGGCCAUAGAACUAGUCGGUCCACGAUGUCGAACGCUCUGCACGAUCCUGUCAAACAUCGCGUACUCCCUCGGCCUCAUCUUCCUGGCUGGAGUUGUCUAUUUGGUGCGAGACUGGCGUCAUCUGGCAUUAGCGACGACUCUGCCAUUCGUCUGCUUCUUUCUGUAUCUGUGGCCGAUGCCCGAAAGCCCAAGAUGGCUGCUGGCAAGGGGCAGGUUCGAAGAGGCGGAGGUUAUAUUGAAGAGGAUGGCCAGAAUCAAUGGCAAAUCUUUACCAGCUAAUUACAUGGUCCAUCUCCGUCGCAAAUACGAGUCUGACAAACUUAAAAAGGACUUGGAAAACGAGAAAUCUCGCAAAUACGGAAUAAUGGACCUGUUCCGAACCCCAAACCUUCGACAGAAGACCAUCAUAAUCACCUUUAUUUGGUUCACAAACACCAGUGUAUACGUUGGGCUGUCUUAUUACGCUCCAGUUUUGGGAGGAAAUGAGAUAUUAAACUUCUUUUUGGCGGGUUUGGUGGAGCUGCCGACGUAUUUGUUUUUAUGGCCGUCGAUGGAGAGGCUUGGAAGAAGAUGGACCUUGUGUAUGAGCAUGGUAGUUGGGGGCGUGGCCUGUUUGACAACAUUUUUGGUGCAACAUGAGAGUAAUGUCACAUUAGCCCUGUACUGUGUCGGUAAGAUGGGCAUCUCAUCAUCAUUCGUGGUGUUGCCCCUGAUGGCUUCCGAGCUGUAUCCCACCGUGGUCAGGGGACUGGGCAUGAGUCUCAGUUCUGUGCUGGGUAUGCUGGGGCCAAUCUUUAUACCGCUGGUCAAUUAUAUGGGCUCUAAUAUCUCGGUGUUGCCACUACUAAUCAUGGGUGGGCUUUUGGUAGCUGGUGGAAUUGCCAGCUUGCUUCUACCAGAAACCCUGAAUCAACAUCUACCGCAGACCUUAGAAGACGGCGAAAAGAUGGGCUUGGACACUGAUUUCUGCUGCAAACCGCCCGUGAAAGAGACGAAUAAAAGAAGAUCGAUGAAAAAUAAAGAUGACAAUCCGGAUUGUAUUAAUUGUAACGCGUGAUUAUUGUUUUUGGCAACGUUAGAUUCGGUCAGACUCUUCCAAUAUACUUUUUAAAUAGGUACUUAUCUAUACAUUGUCUAUCGAAAAUGCAAACUUAAACCUCAUGUAUGGAUGGACAAGUUAUGUACAUUUUGAUCUAUGUUUUGUGUAUCUACCAUUUUCAUUUGUAUGUAACUACAGUUAUUUCAAUAAAUAUAUUUAAGUUUGAGGUUUAAUUUA